AUGGAAAAGAUUAAGAUGCCGACAUGUAGUUAUGACGGAAGAGGAGACCCGGGUAGAUUCAUAAUGUCAUACGAGGGGCAUAUAAUGCUUUACACAAAUUCAGAUGUUGUGUGGUGCAAGGUCUUUCCGACUACAUUAAUUGGGGUUGCAUCUGAUUGGUUCAACGAUCUGGAAAAUGGGAUGAUAGAUAGUUUCGAAAAGUUGUCCGAGAUGUUUAUAGGGCAGUAUGUUAGCAACAGUUUGCGGCAGAGAACAUCAGGGGAAUUGAUGGCAGUAGAGCAAAGGGAAGAUGAGUCUUUGAGGGAUUAUAUCAGGCGGUUCAACAACGAGGCAAACACAAUUCCAAAGUUGCAACAAGAGAUAGCGGUAAUGGCUCUUAUGAAUGGCCUGAACGAUUCCGAGUUCAAGCGUUAUCUUACACGAAAGAACUUCUCGACGCUGGCAGCCGCCUUUAACAAGGCUCAUGAUUACAUCAAGAGCGAGGAGCUGAUGAAGAAAAGUAGUAGGAGUGUGACCACUGGUAAGGGUCAGUUUCAAUUUGAGAGUGCAGCUUCAGAAAGUGGAAGGCCGAGAACUUCGACCCAAAGCAGAGGAGGGGGAAGUCGGCAGGAAGUUAGGGCUGCAAAACCGCCGAUGCGGUACAGUUCAUAUACACUGUUAAAUACACCUAGAGCGGCAAUCUUCUCGGUCAAUCAGAACAAAGAAGGAUGGACGAGGCCGAUUCCUAUGAAGGCCAGACCGAGGGACGUUAAGAAGUAUUGCAUGUUUCAUAGAGACGUGGGUCAUUAUACUGAAGAGUGUACACAAUUGAAGGAUAACAUUGAGGAGUUGAUAAGAAAGGGGCACUUAGCUCAAUAUCGGUUAAAUGUAGGAGGAGGUCAACAGCAACCCCGCCAGAUUGAAAGGCAGCAGUUAGAAGCAAGGCCGGAAAGGCCACAAGGAACAAUAGUCCGGCAGGGGGACGGAGGGAUGUCGCCGCUAUCCAUAGGGAGAGUAGAUGUAAUAACGGGGGGACCUGUUCACGGAGGAACGGUCAGUGGUGCUAAGAAACACUUAUCAGAGCACCGUCAUCUGGUGUAUGCCCUAGAUGUGGAUAGCCGCCCUCGGCCCGCUUCAAUUCCUGACGUGGUGUUCACAGAGGAAGAUGAAAAGGGAAUUGUUUUCCCACAUGAUGAUCUGUUGGUUCUUAUAACAAAGAUCAAUGGGGCCGACAACAAAAGGGUUCUGGUUGAUGGAGGCAGCUCAGCAAAUGUGCUGUUUAUGAGGGCUUUCACUGAGAUGAAGAUAGGAAGGCAGUAUCUGACACUAGUGUAUUAUCCUGUCAUUGGGUUCAAUGGAUCGACAGUGAGGCCAGAAAGAAGUAUAGUUUUACCUGUCAGAUUGGGUGAUGGGCUGAAGGCAAGGGAUAUGAUGGCAGAGUUCUUGGUGGUUGAUGUGUCAUCGGCGUACAAUGCAAUUAUCGGCAGCCCGAUAAUCCAUGAUGUGCAGGCAGUUGUGUCAACUUAUCAUCUCACCAUAGCCUACGUGUCAAAUUUGGGGGCAGUUGAAAAGGUUCAUGGGGGCCAGGUGAUGGCAAAGUCCUGUUAUGUAACGGCUCUGAAAAACACAGUUGAAAAUAGUUCAAUACCGAAUAACCCAAGGAAAGAACAAGAACCGAAAGUGCAAGAUUUAGCCAUGAAAAAUUUUGAUACAAGGCCAGAGGAGGUUCCAAGGCCGUUGCCAGGUGGAGAAACAGUGCAGGUUGAGUUAUAG